AUGUUGGGAAAAUGUUGGAAAAAUGUUAGGGAGAUGUUGGGGAAAUGUUGGGGAGAUGUUAGGGAGAUGUGGGGAAAUGUUGGGGAGAUGUUGGGAAAAUGGGAAAGGUUGGGGAAUUGUUGGAGGGAAAUUGAGAAAGGAAGGAAAGGGGAGAGGAAGGAAGAAAGGACAGAGAAGGAAGAAAAGGGAGGGGAAGAAGGGAAGAGGGAGGGAAGGAAAAGAGAGGAAGAAGAAGGAGGAGAAGGAAGAGGGGAAGAAAGAAGAGGAGAGGAGAGGAGAGGGAAGAAGGGGGAAGGAAGGGAAGGGGGGAAGGGGAAGAGAGAAGGGAGAGAGAAAGGGGAGGGAGAGAGGAAAGGGGGGGAAGGAGGAGAAAGAAAGGGAAGGGAGGAAGAGAGAGAAGGAGAAGAAAAGGGGGGGAAAGGAAGGGAAGAAAAAAAAAAGGGGGAAAAAAGGGAAGGGGAAGAAAAAAAAAGGGGAAAAAGGGAAAAAAAAGAGGAGAGAAGAAAGGGGGGAAAGAAAAGGGAGAAGAAAAAGAGAGAGAAAAAAAAGGGGAAGGGAGGAAAGGAAAGGAGAAGGGAAGGAGAAAAGCAGAGGGGAAGAGAGAAAAGGAGGGAAAAGGGGGGGAAGAAAGAAAGGAGAGAAGAGGAGAAAAAGAGAAGAGAGGAAGGGAAAAGAGGGGGGAAAAGGAGAGAGAGGAGGAAAAAAGAAAGAGGAAAGGAAAAGGGGGAGGGAGAGGAGGGGGAAAGAAGGAGAGGAAAGGGAAGAGGAGGAGAGGGGGAGAGAAAGAAGGAAAAGGGAGGAAGGAGAAGGAGAGGGGAAGAAAAAGAAGGAGAGGAAAGGAGAAGGAGGGAGAAGGAAGGAGGAGGGAAAGGAAAAGGAAAAGGGAAAAGAGGGGAGAGAAGGGGGAAGAGGAAAGAAGGGAGGGAAAAAAAGGAGGGGGGAAAGAAGAGAAAGAGGAGAGAGGGAAAAGAAAGGGAGAAGAAAAAGGGGGGAAGAAAAAAGGAGAAGGGGAGAAGGGAGGGAGAAAAAAAAGAAAGGAGAGGGGAGGGGAAAAAAGGGGGGGGGAGGAGAAGAAAAAGAGGAAGGAGAAAAAGGGAAAGAGAAAAAAAGAGAAAGGGGAGGAAAGAAAAAGGGGGAAAGAAAAAAAAAGAGAAAGGGGGGAAAGAGAAGAGGGAGGAGAAGAAAAAAAAGGGGGGAAAAAAAGAAGAGGGAGAAAAAGAGAAAGGGGGGAGGAAAAAAGAGGGGAGGAGAAAAAAAAGAGGAGGGAGAAAAAAAGAGGAGAGAGAAAAAAAAGGGGAGGAAAAAAAAAGGGGAGGAAAAAAAAAGGGGAGAGGAAGGGGAAGGAAAGAGAAAAGGGGGGAAGGGGAAGGGAAG